UUUCAAAAUGAAAAUCACAGUAGAUCAAAUGGAAAAUACGUAGAAUUAAUUUAUUUUGUAACAAUAAUUUUGUUCCUAAUCAAAUAUGAGUUUGUCAUAAUAAAUUAGACAAAAAAAAAAAAAAAAAAAAAUACUCCCCCUCCAUUGAUUGGUAACGCCCAACCAAUGCGUCGCACUUUGACCAAAACAACGCGAGUGGUGUUCUACUGUUUGAAUGAGAGAGCACGGGUAGCACCAAAAAUGAAGAGAACCGCUGCCUAGCCGACUAUAUUAAACCGCUGGUCAAAGAGGGACGUUGAAAAGAAUAAAGCAUGUACUGAGAAGGAGGUAUGAGAAUAUUGUGUAAUAGCUAAGUACACUACACAUAUAUUUUAGCUAGCUAAUCCAUUGCAAUUUUAGCCAUAACUAUCAGUGUAACUGUAACAAGUUACCAAAACAGCCGUCUGUUUUGUUAGUUCAUUUUUCUAUAGUCUGUAAUUAUCAAUGACAAAAUUAUUCACAUCGGUGUUUGUUUUCUUCCUAAAUUAAUCUGACUUUUGAACGAAUUGGCUGAAUGAACGAUUUAAAUAGCUCACUCAUUAAAACAGCGAAUCGCUGCCGCCUACUGGCGGUUUCAAUUUUUAACAAUCUCUUUAUUUUUAGAAUCACUGUUAUGUUAGAAUUUGAUGAAUGAUUUUACAUAAAUUUCAUAAAGUUAUUAAGUAUAGAUAGAUAGAUAAAUAAAUAGAUAGAUAGAUAAAGAAGAAAUAAAUUAUCCAAUAACACUACACAUAAAACAGAUUAUUUUUUUAAUUAAAAAAAUAAUAACAGGCAGCAUACCAACAUUCAACCCCCUUUUAGGAUUUAGGACUCACUUUUUGAGUGAUUAUUUUCUGCAAAAAAAAAUGGAUGACAGGGAAAUUAAACCAAAGACUUUCAGUAACAAACUAUUUUUUCCAACGAUUAGCGAUGUAUAGUACGAUAGUUUUAAUGUCACAUUUGUAUUAGUUUACUACCGAGCGGUAAAAGAAAAGAAAAAAAACUUCUCAGCUCUUCAUUCUAUAUCGAAUCGGUUCAUCCUAAACGGACUGUCAGCAUGUCUGAUUCAUUGUAGUGGGUCGGUUCGUCCUAAACAGACCUCAUUCUCAUUCUUAACUUUGGAAAGUCUUAUAGUAAAUCGGUUCGUUCGACGCUUUGUUCUUGUAAAUUAACAGAUUACAAAAAGAUCCACUGUCUCACAGUCUCUACAUGGAAUUUAAGGAAAACCCAACAGGAAUGAAUUAACCAGAAGGGUCCUCUAGGUGAAGAUGCAUCCCAACUGAGCCAAGAGAUUCUUGCUGUGGUUUUUCUUCAACGUUUUUUUGUGGACUUCAUAUUCUGUAGAGUGUCAUCAGUCUCUUUGCAUGGACUUACCCCUCAUAUACCCCAUGACGCUUUGCAGCAGACCUUGAUGCUGAUGGAUGAAAAAUGGAUGUUGUGCUGCUCAUUCAUCAAACACACACACACCUUCACAGACACCUUUUGCACACACCAACUCGGCAAUGGAACUGAAUGAAUAUAUCAGUAUCUGAACGCGACUGCUAGCACAGCGAUGUGACAGAAGGAUUGGUAGAGCUGCAGCCCCGCCCUUGGUUCCGUCCCAGAAUGCUGAGCCCGGUUCUCUGUUCAGACCUCGCAGCCUUGGAGCCAGAGUACACUGAGGCGGAUGUCAUCUCUACGGUGGAGUUCAACCAGACUGGAGAGUUCUUGGCCACGGGUGAUAAGGGUGGGAGGGUUGUCAUCUUUCAGAGAGAACCACAGGGCGAAUAUAAUGUCUAUAGUACAUUUCAGAGUCAUGAGCCUGAGUUUGAUUACCUGAAAAGUUUGGAGAUUGAGGAGAAAAUUAAUAAGAUUCGCUGGCUGCCUCCACAUAACCCCGCCCACUUCCUUCUCACCACCAAUGAUAAGACCAUAAAGCUGUGGAAGGUGAGUGAGAGAGACAAGCGAGCAGAAGGCUAUAAUCUCAGAGAUGAGGAAGGCAGGAUGAAGGACCUUUCAACAAUCACCACUCUACAGGUGCCUGUCCUGCGGCCGAUGGACCUGCUGGUGGAGGCGUCCCCACGCCGUGUUUUUGCUAAUGCACAUGCAUAUCACAUCAACUCCAUCAGUGUUAACAGCGACUGUGAGACGUACCUGUCUGCUGAUGACCUGAGAAUCAACCUGUGGCAUCUCAGCAUCACGGACCGCAGCUUCAAUAUUGUUGAUUUGAAGCCGGAAAACAUGGAGGACCUCAGUGAGGUGAUCACAGUGGCAGAAUUUCACCCUCACCACUGCCACCUGCUGGCCUUCAGCAGCAGCACAGGAACCACACGCCUCUGUGACAUGAGAGCUCGCGCGCUCUGCGACCAGCAUGUCAAAUUGUUUGAAGAGGCAGUGGAUCCAGCCCGCCGAUCGUUCUUCUCAGAGAUUGUUUCCUCAGUGUCAGAUGUGAAGUUCAGUCACAGCGGCCGCUACCUGCUCACUAGAGAUUACCUCACCGCUAAAGUCUGGGACCUCAACAUGGAAAAUAAACCUGUGGAAACAUACCAGGUCCACGACUACUUGCGAAAUAAAUUGUGCUCUUUGUAUGAAAGCGAUUGUAUUUUUGACAAGUUUGAAUGUGCUUGGAAUGGAACGGACAGCGUGAUAAUGACAGGGGCUUACAACAACUACUUCCGAAUGUUUGACCGGGCAAGCCGGCGUGACGUGACUCUGGAGGCCAGUCGGGAGAUGUGUAAGCGACGCGCCGUCCUGCAGCCGCGGCGCGUGUGCGUGGGGAAGAAACGGAAAGACACGGACGUCAGCGUGGAUAGUCUGGACUUCAGGAAAAAAAUACUCCAUACCGCUUGGCAUCCCAAAGAAAACAUCAUUGCCAUCGCUGCCAGCAACAACCUCUACAUUUUUCAGGACAGACAGAUGGCCAACGGACAUCACAACACACCGGAAAUACAAAGUGCACCUCCCAAAUGACAUACGUUACACGCUCCUGUGGCACAAAACACGUGCUAGAUUUGAUCCAUUCAAUUGCCCUUUAUUAUCACAUUUCCCAUCUGCAUUCAGUGUCGCCAGCAUCAGAACAAUCUCAAAAACUAUUAAGAACAUAUAUAACCCCAACAAUUGAAUGAUAGAAACUAUAACUGUGGUCCUGAAUGAGAAUGUAUCUUUCAGAUUCAGUGCUAUAGCAUGGCAUGCAGUAUGAACACUCGGGUUAGAUAAUGUUCAGCUACCCUGAAACAUACAGAUCGCACAUGCAUGUUUACAAAGCUGUUUGCUCAUGAACAGGGCUUAUUUAACAAUGAUGACUGUAAAUGAAUCAGAGCCUUUAUGAUGCUUUAUAGCGCUCUGCAGUGCUUGUAUGUGUCUGUUCUUUCUUCUCAGGCUUGGGUUUUCUUCAGUUUUCUUUGGUUUGACAAACUGCUCAGGGACUCUCUAAGGCCUCUUCUUAUGUUCAAUGGCAAAACCCACCAAAACGAAAUCCAGAACAAGCAGAGGACAGGAUGCAGGAAUUAUGGAGGUCUGCUGAGAGACAUUGCUGGAAGGAAAACAGCAUGUGCAGGGAUCAGUUUCAAUGCUGAGUCAUCACCACCCCCACCUCAGUGUGUAAAGAACAUUCCCAAUUCGACGCUUUUGACCACAUACUUACAGGCAUUUGCAAGCUAGCGCACUGGUUUGACAAUUUUAUUUCAUGUGUUGAAGAAAUAGCUCAGCCAAAAAUGAAGAAAUUCUCACCCUCA